CGUCUUUGAUAGACGGGCAGGAGUGUAAAACUGUUUGACUUUUGGACUUUAGCGGCGAUGGGACCAUUUUAAACAAACCUGCGACUUUAUCUAAUCUUUUUUUCUCUACUGCAGUGCCUCGUUGUAUUUUUUUAUCCCGCAGAAUGAAAUGGCAUCAAAGUUGACCUUGGACGAGUCCUCUGUGUAUUAUCGACGUUUUCCUUUUUUUAGCAUGUCUGACGGGGCUUGUACUUAAGUGUGUCUCUGCAGCCAGAAACGAGCGAGCCAGAAACUUUUGCUCAGUUUUGUUUCGAUUUUCUCUAAGUUGGGGAAUGGCGAAUGGAGAGGAGCUUCUUAAUGCGGCAGAGUUUAUAAAAGAUCGUCUGUAUUUUGCUAUUCUUCGACAUAAACCUAAAAACACCACAAACACGCACUACUUUAGCGUUGACGAUGAACUUGUGUAUGAAAAUUUCUAUGCAGAUUUUGGACCUCUGAACAUGGCCAUGUUAUUCAGAUACUGCUGCAAGCUAAACAAAAAAAUUAAAUCGUUUACCUUGGGAAGGAAGAAAAUUGUUCACUAUACAGGAAGUGAUCAGAAGAAACAAGCAAAUGCAGCUGUCCUUAUUGGAUCCUUUUCAGUAAUAUAUUUGAAAAAGUCCCCAGAGGAAACCUACAGGUUGUUGGUAGGGGGAAAUAAUAUAUACCAACCCUUCAGAGACGCUUCAUUUGGCACAUGCACAUAUAAGCUAACGGUUCUGAACUGUUUACAUGCAGUUAGUAAGGCUGUGCAGUAUGAUUUCUUCAAUUUUAAUACAUUUGAUGUGGAUGAAUAUGAACAUUAUGAGAGAGCUGAAAAUGGAGAUUUUAAUUGGAUUAUCCCCAGCAAAUUCUUGGCCUUCAGUGGACCACAUCCAAAGAGCAAAGUUGAAAAUGGCUAUCCUCUGCAUGCCCCAGAGGCCUAUUUCCAAUACUUUCGAAAACACAAUGUCGCCACAAUUAUUCGUUUAAACAAGAAAAUGUACGAUGCCAAGCGAUUCACAGACGCUCGUUUUGAGCACCAUGAUCUCUUCUUUGUGGAUGGGAGUACACCAAGUGAUACCAUAGUCAAAAGGUUCUUGAAUAUCUGUGAGAAUGCAGAGGGUGUCAUUGCUGUUCACUGUAAAGCUGGCUUAGGCCGAACGGGUACUCUUAUAGCUUGUUAUAUCAUGAAGCACUACAGACUAACGGCAGCAGAAGCCAUUGCCUGGAUCAGAAUAUGUAGACCAGGAUCAGUUAUAGGACCACAGCAGCACUUUUUAGAAGAGAAACAAGCUAGCCUAUGGGCCCAAGGUGACCUGUUCCGUGCUAAAUUAAGAGAACAGAUGAAUGGACAAGAGAAGGUUGGCGUUACAAGGAUCCUUUCUGGAGUUGAUGAUAUUUCCAUUAAUGAUGAUCAGAAUAGGAUGUGUGAUGAACUAGAAAGUCACGUGUACAAUGAUAAUGAUGAUCAUUUUCCUAAUAAAAAUGAAAUGACGCAAGGCGAUAAACUCAGGGUCUUGAAAAGUAGAAGGCCAGCUAGAGCUGUGAACACUGGUUCUUUAAAAUUGGAGGAGAACAAAAUGCACACAAGAUCGUCAUCACAGGCAUUCAGUGACCAUAGGAUAAUACUACAGUCUAGCAAACAGAGUUGCAAGCUGCCUUCUAAACCAUGUGCCAUUCCUGGCGUAGGCCUUACAAGCAAACGGACAACCAGAUCCAUGUCUACAAAGAGCAAUUUAAGGAGUCACUCCAGCAUUAGUACUAAAGUACCAUUGCUUCGUUAACAUUCACUCUGAAGUAACUCCUCGGACAUUUGCAGAAGAUCCCUGCAUUGUGCUGAACUAGAAAUGUAUUGGAGAUCAGCAUCACUUCAGAUGGAUUCUGCAAAAUGACUUAGACUUGAACUAAUAUCAUCUUGAGAAUUCCCCAUGCACAUUGAUGACAAUGGUCAGUAUAAAGUAUCUCUGUAAGCUACUGUAAAAAAAACAGUAAAAGACAUUGCAGAGAGACUGCAGAUAAGUCCUUUAGCACAAUCAUUGUAUGUGAGCUGCUGGGUAGAAGUUAGGUCUUUGCAGAUUACAAGGAUGCUGCUACAACAUGCAAUCUACAUGUCAUAUUUUCAUUUUUUCCUUAAAAAUGACAAUUACAAAUAGUUGCUAAUUUGAUCCUUUAUUGAUCCCCUUCCAACAAUAAAUACAUUCCAAAGUACCAGAUCAAUGCCAAACCAAGAUGUGCACCAGUGUUGGUCUAAUUGGAAUAUUUUCCUUGAUUUGUGUUUAAAGUAUGCAGAAGGAUCUUAUUUUUACAUGCUUAAAAAAUUGCUCAGGCUUAAAUCUGGAGAGAAAAAAUGUUUAAGUUCGAUAAUUGUUUGACUUUCUGGCUGUCACACAUUACAAUAUUUUUCAAAGUCUAAAGUUUAAAACUGAUCUUUAAAUAGGAAUUAAAGUACAAAAUCUGGAAAGUCAUGUGGCCUUGUAAUCAGCUUACAACAAGACAUGUUCUACCUUGGGCGGUAGAGAUGAUUUGGAACAAUAAGCAGUGAUGUUAUUGGUGGGAGAAGUGUAAUAUAAAUUUGACCCAAAUUGUGGUACAAGAAUAGUAUUUUUAUAUGCAUGGAUAACAGUAUUUUCAGUCUGGUUUAAAUUUUGCAGUGACCUUAGAAUGGAUCUUGCUCAGCUAAAGAAAAAUUAUGUUCUGUGGAUUAAACAUGCGCAGUUCAUCUGCUACAAUACUAUAACAGCAUUGGCCAAGUACCAUUUGUAGCAUAAAAAAUAAGCUUGUGUUCUGCAGCUAAAGCAAUACUGUACUAGACAUUAAUCUGUAGCAGUCAGAUGUGUUUUUCUUCCAUGUCAAAUAACUUAACUCUGGCUAGCUGAUGGUAAUGUGUCUGCUUGUGAUAGUCUUAACAAAUCUUUAGUCCAGUCUUUUUUUUAAUUUUACAGCUUUUUGGUGGAGGGUAUUUUUAAACUGGAAAUCUAUCUUUCCUCUGGUUAGUGUAACAUUGAGCUGUUGCAAUGCAAAACUGGAUUGAGAGACUAUAUACCACUUUUGUACAGACUGUAUGUAUGCGGUACAUAAAUAAACCUUAUCACAGGUAA